GUCGCGUCGAAGCGAGAAUCUAAAAUAAGAGCAUCACAGUAAACAGAUAAAUAAUAAUUACACAGAAUUACACAUGAAAUCGCUUUUAUAGCUGCGAGAGAAGGGUGUUUUCACGGGGAGCCGAGGAUGGGGAAAGGCUGUAAGGUUGUGGUCUGUGGUUUGGCGUCUGUCGGUAAAACAGCGAUUCUAGAACAGUUACUGUACGGCAACCACAAUGCGGGCGCAGAAUCAAACGAAACCCAGGAAGAUAUUUAUGUUGCCUCAGUGGAGACCGACCGUGGAGUGAGGGAGCAGUUACGGUUAUAUGACACAAGGGGGCUCCGAGACGGCCAGGAUCUUCCUAAACAUUACUUCUCCGUGGCUGAUGGCUUUGUGCUGGUCUACAGCGUCGACAGUCUGGAGUCCUUCAAGAAAGUCGACCUGCUGAAGAAGGAAAUAGACAAGUCCAGGGACAAAAAGGAGGUGAUGGUGAUUGUGUUGGGUAACAAGUCAGAUCUGCGUGAGCGUCGUCAGGUGGAGCCGGAGGUGGCUCAGCAGUGGGCCCGCGGGGAGAAGGUGAAGCUGUGGGAGGUGAGCGUUACGGAGCGCAGCUCCCUCAUCGAGCCCUUCACCACCCUCACCAGCCGCCUCACGCAGCCCCAGAGCAAGUCUGCCUUCCCCCUGCCCGGCCGCAAGAGCAAGGGCACCCCCUCCAAUGACAUCUAACUGAGCUGGAGCCUCCGCAGGACCAACUUUC